GAGGGGAGGGGGCAGAGAGAGAGAGAGAGAGAGAGAGGGGAAGGAGCUCGAGCGCGAGCGCGAGGAAGAGGAGAAGAACAAUAACUCGGCCCGCGCGCCAUGAGUAAACUGUCGUUCCGCGCUCGGGCGCUCGACGCCUCCAAGCCGCUGCCCGUCUACCGCUCGGAGGACCUGCCCGACCUGCAGGACUGCGUGUCCAUCAACAGGGCCGUGCCGCAGAUGCCGACCGGCAUGGAGAAGGAAGAGGAGUCGGAACAUCAUCUUCAGAGGGCCAUUUCAGCACAGCAGGUCUUCAGAGAGAAGAGGGAGAAUAUGGUUAUUCCAGUGCCUGAGGCAGAAAGCAAUGUCUCUUACUAUGAUCGUCUAUACAGAGGAGAGUUUAAGGUUCCCAAGCAACUCAUUCACAUUCAACCGUUUAAUUUGGAUAGUGAACAGCCAGACUAUGACAUGGACUCUGAAGAUGAGAUAUUAUUCAAUCGACUGAAUAGAAAAAUGGAGGUCAAACCUUUACAGUUUGAAGAGAUGAUUGACCGGCUGGAGAAGGCUAGCGGAAAUCAGCUGGUGUCUAUUCAAGAGGCCAAAUUGUUGCUGAAGGAAGAUGACUACUUGAUCAAGGCUGUGUUUGAUUACUGGGUGAGGAAACGAAAAAACUGCAGGGGACCCUCCCUUAUUCCAUUGGUCAAACAGGAAAAAAGAGAUGGUUCCACAAACAAUGACCCAUAUGUUGCUUUUCGAAGGCGAACUGAGAAGAUGCAGACAAGAAAGAAUCGUAAAAACGACGAGGCUUCAUAUGAGAAAAUGUUGAAACUCCGACGAGAGUUUAGCCGGGCAGUCACCAUUCUGGAAAUGAUUAAAAGGAGGGAAAAGACCAAAAGGGAGCUGCUUCAUCUAACGUUGGAAGUGGUUGAGAAGAGGUACCACACUGGUGACUUUGGUGGAGAAAUUAUGACUGAGCUGAAGACUCCGAAACAAGAAAAGGUGGCCAACAGCACUCCAGUGUCUCUUCACAAUGGCAACCAUUACAAAGCUCAAGAAAGCAAAACGGUUAAGCAUCAACAGCCACAUUCGGUGUCGUUCAAAGAAGAAGUUCCUGAUGCUGUUCGACCAAAGAAGAAAUACGUGAAGAAGAAGCAUAAAACUCCCGAGUGUAUUGUUUUACACCACCAGCCCAGUACAGAACCACAACCCCCUGUGAAGAAGGAUAUUAAGCAGUACGACUUUCUCAGUUCUGAUGAAGAGUCCUACACCCAGGUCCCCUCUCCUGUAUCAGAGCCUGAGGAAGACAGCGACCCUGACGGGCCUUUUGCUUUCAGGAGGAAAGUGGGAUGUCAAUACUAUGCUCCUCACAUGGACCAAACAAGUACAUGUCCGUGGCGGAUUCCUGAGCCAGCAGGGUUAAGUGAGGCCAGGUACAGGUACUGCUUAACCACGCUCACCGUUCCAAGAAGGUGCAUUGGAUUUGCAAGGAGACGCGUGGGCCGUGGAGGAAGGGUUUUGUUAGAUCGUGCAUUCACAGCUUAUGAUCAUAUUCUACAUCAAGUUGAUCCGGAAAUCCUGUCAUCUCCUCCAGCCUCCCCAGCUGCAUUCUCUUCUGACAACUCACGGACCACAUCUUCCAAUAAAGACUUUACCAAUAGACUGUCACUUGGUGAAAUACUAAGCAAUAUCAAAGCGUGCCGGUUACGGCACUUUCAGCCACGGUUGCCCCCGUUUCAGGACAGUGACGAUGAUCACUGUACUUCCAAAAAAUUAGGACAGAAUGUGAAUAAAGGGAGAAUCCCUAUGUCUUCUAUUUUAGCAUCAAGUACCAUGAUCACCAGCAGGAAUAGGAUAUCUGGUGGGAUAACAGAAGAACAAUACCAGACCCACCAACAACAGCUUGUCCAGAUGCAGAGACAACAGUUGGCACAGAUGCAACGGCAGCAGUCCCAGCAUUCCUCAAGCAUCUCACUUGGAAAUUCACAGGGAUCAAGCAUAUCCAAUUCUUCAAAGCCGCUAGAUUCAGCUAGUGCCCUGUUUGCAGCAUCAGCUGUUGUUAGUGGCCCUGGACCAGGUCAAGCGGAGGUUUCUAAGGAUGGUUCAGGUCACACCACAACUAUGAAUGGUGUUGUCCAGUCUGCAGGUACCUAUAGAAAUCUCCAUUCCGCCAAUGCUACUUCGUCCUCCAGCCCAGGAUUGUCCACUGUACAGAUUAUAAGAACUGUCAGUCGCACCACAGCAAACCACGUGUUUCCUGCAUUACGCACAAGUAGUCCCCAGUCUUUUCCUGUGAACAAUUCCUGCAUAGGAACUGCUGUGCGUUUGAACAGUCUGAAUGUGGUUACUCCUGUCAAUGUGCAUCUGAGUGCAAGGACUUCAGCACCUUCGCCAUCUGCCUUAAAGCUGGCCACAGCUGCUACCAACCUUGACAGGGUGCCAAAGGUGAACCCUAGUAGUGCCAUCAGUAGCUUGGCUAGGGAGAGCAAUGAACCAGAGAGGUUGUUGAAUGGCAUUGCAGAGAAGACAGUCGCUAUGGAAGUGACAUAGUUUUGUCUAAUGAACCUUAAUCGGGGAAAUACCUUGAUGGAAAUCGUAUAUUCCAGAGAAUACAGAAUAAGGCACCCAACAGAUUUCAAGUUGCUGCAGGGAAAUCUCGUGAUAAUGCGGUCUGCUGGUUACAGCGUCUCAACCAUCGUACGGCCAGGGAAAAAUGAUCAACUUACGUGUCGUCAGGUCCCCACUGAAGCUACUUCUUGUGCGUUGCACCCUAUGCAUAAACAACGCCGCUGACGUCACCUGCACCGGAAGUGACGGCCGCUCUUCCUGCGCGCGUGUGCAGGAAGUGCUGUCACGGGUGACCUGACAACCCAGAAGUCAGCCAUUUUUUUUUAGCGCGGGAAGCUGGCUAGUCAGCGCCAGAAGCCAAGUGUGACACGCUUCCAAUUACUGCAGGUCCACAGUACCAGCUGUAAGCGAGGCAGAGCUUUUAUCGAAGCGUGCUUAACGGGGAGGUUCCCCCUGUACAUGUGGACCUAUAACGGUGUCGUAUUCAUAAUGUAAAAAAAAUGUCAAUAUAUAAAUGUAAAUUUUGUAAAGUUGGGAUGAUCACUACCUUGUACAAUAGUUUAUUUGUAUCAUCAUGUAUUUCUGUUACUUGAAUACUAGAUAUUCAUCAUGCUUUGCACUUGAAAUUACAACAGAAUGAAAAUGACACAAAUCUAUGGGAUCAUGAGCAUGAAAUUGGGAUCCUUUUGUCACUUGUUUUAACUAUUUAUUUUGCCAUGUUUACAUUUUGUAAUUUGUACAAAUCAACUUUGUGCUUAAAAAAAAAUUUGAAGAUAUUUAGGUAGGCCAUGUAAAUCCUUGUCAUUUUUGUACAUUGUAAAGUUUUCACUCAGUUCUUUUUUUUUCCUCUCACAAAAUUGAAUAGAUGGAUGUUUGGUAAAUACUAAGUGACAAUUCUUUCAGACAUUUAAGUCGAGACAAAAAAAAAUAGUAUUUUCUAUUGUUUUGGAGGGUGAGGGUAGUGAAACAGAAUUGAAGAUAAUCAUCUUCCAUGUUGCUCCUUUAUCCUGUGGUUGCAAGACAAGUAACAGGUUAGAAAGAUUGUCUGACUUUUAUGUUUGAUCUCCUUUAGUCUAGUGUUUUUAUCAGUUUAUACAGCUACUAUUACAUAGACCUUUUCAACAGUAUUAGUAUUGGAAUGUUAGUGUCAGCACUACAUCAGACAACUUCCUUGUUACUUGUUCUUGUUAAGUGGAAAAAAAAAUGCAGGGAAAUAAAACAUACAUAUCAGAGUAUCUAUCUGCUUUGUCUGUGCUUUUAUUUUGCAUGUUAAGGGCAGUAUUGCCAACUUGGAGCCAGUUGUAUGUAAUUGAANUUUUUUAUAAAAAAAUAUAUAUAAUUUCAAACAA